UGCACCGGUAUAUUUAGUUUGGUCACAUGACCAAGUAUGGCGGAGAGUGACGAAAGUCCCUCCCCUUCAGAAAAUUCUCAAGAUACUAGCAUUGGACCACGAAUUGUGACAAUAACAAAGUCUGAGACAGGUUUUGGAUUUAAUGUUAGAGGUCAAGUUAGUGAAGGUGGGGUCCUGAAAUCUAUAAACGGGGUGUUAUAUGCCCCUCUGCAACAUGUCAGUGCUGUUCUGGAGGGGGGAGCUGCUCAAAGAGCUGGAAUCCGGAAAGGAGAUAGAAUUUUGGAAGUAAAUCAAGUGAAUGUUGAAGGAGCUACACAUAAACAAGUUGUUGACCUGAUAAAGUCUGGUGGUGAUACUCUCACAUUAACAGUGAUAUCAGUUCCGGACCAGAUAGCGGACAGGUUGGAACCAAGUGAUGAUUCUUCGGGACCCUCGUACAUUGAUUACUCCGAGAGACGAUCAUUGCCGAUCUCUAUACCGGACUAUCAGUCUGUACAACAAAGUGGGGAAAGAUUUGUGGUCUACAAUAUAUAUAUGGCUGGUCGCCAUUUGUGUUCAAGACGUUACAGUGAAUUUGACACUCUUCAUUCAAGAUUAAAAAGAGAGUUUCCAGAUUUUUCAUUUCCUAAGAUGCCUGGUAAAAAGUUGUUUACAUUAACAGAGCAACAGCUAGAUUCACGGAGACGAGGUCUGGAACAAUACCUGGAAAAAGCAUGUGCUGUCCGGGUGAUAGGAGAAUGUGAUAUUAUGCAGGAAUUUUUAGCUGCUAAUGAAUCUGAGCAGGACUCAGCCAAUAAUGAAGUAGAAUUAAAAGUGUUAUUACCAGAUAGAAAUAUUUGUGUGGUAACUAUUCACAGAAAUGAUACGACGGAUACUGUAUAUAAUGCUGUUGUUGAUAAAGUUAAUCUCUCUGAUGGUGCUGCAGAAUGCUUCUAUUUAUUUGAAACUGUUGAAUAUAAUUUUGAACGUAAAUUACAAAGAAAUGAAUUUCCACACAAUAUAUACAUACAGAAUUACAGUACUGCUACAGCUACUUGUAUUACCUUAAAAAAAUGGAUCUUCUCCAUAAACCGAGAAAACUUCCUCAAUUCUGACCCAGUCGCUGUUAACUUCCUCUUUGGCCAGGCUGUAGAAGAAGUGAACAGGGGUCAUAUCAAACCUGAAGAUAAAUUAUAUGAACUAAAGUCACUAAAUGAUGCAAGUAAAAAGAUAGAGUAUGUGAAAACAGCAAGAUUUUUGGAGGGUUAUUGUGAAGUACAAUUCCCACACUGUCCAUGUGACUCGAGGAAAGAAGGGCAUGUUAUAGUAAUUAUUGGGCGAACUUCUUUCAAAUUACAGGCUUGUAAAACAGAUGGAACUCCUGAGUCACAAGUGAUAGAGUUUCAGUGGAAGGAUAUACAGGGUUAUGAUAUAGAGGAAGAGGGUAUGGCAUUUACACUGGAAUAUAACCGACCAGGCAAAAAACCAAGAAUUGUACAAAUUCUUACACAAUAUUUUGUUUUCAUGAAAGAAUGUUUUGAUAAAAUAUUUGAAGAGAUUGAAUGGGAAAAAGAGGAGGGAAUGGAUGUUUGAAAGUAAUAUUUUGUAGGAUGUUUUCAAGUGAACCUACCCUGACCAGCAGCAAUACCCAUCUGCUUACACCCUGAUGUAAGGUUACACAAGUCAACGGUCUUUCAGAAACCUUCAACAAAACCUUUAGAUAAAUGAAAAACCUAUUUCCCCCCCAAAAGUUGUGAACAAAAACUUGUGCACCAUUGUGUUCUGCAACGCAAGUCGAGGUUCCAUGUACACUGUUCACCGUAGUGGAUGUAUGUUUUUUUUUUAAAGUUUCAUAUUUUGGAACUUAUUGUUAUAGUUUCGAGCAGAAGACUCGUUAUUGUUAACCUGUUGAACGUAUGUUUGAUAUUAUGAUAAAACUGUUCACCUUUAUGGUGUAAGAAUAUUAAUUUACUUACUUAUUUACUUACCAGAAU